AUGGGAGUCUCAAGAGCAUAUUUUGCAAAAAUUGCUACUUGUGAGACUGCAAAGGAAGCUUGGGAGUCUCUAGAAACAGAGGUGUAUGGUGACGAAAAGGUACGCACUAUAAAUCUCCAAACUCUUAGAAGAGAGUUUCAAAACUUGAAGAUGAUAGAAUCUGAAAAAAUAGAUGAAUAUUGCACAAGAGUCAUGAAUAUUGUUAAUGAAAAGAGAAAUCACGGUGAUACAAUUUCUGACCAACAAGUUGUGGAAAAGAUUCUAAUUAUUGUCACAGAAAAAUAUGAGUACAUUGUUCCUAUCACAAAGGAGAUGAAAGAUCUUUCUAAGGAUCAUGAUGAUUCUUCUAUGAAGGUUGAAGAAAAAGGUGAGAAAAGUACUAGUCUUUUUUGUAAAAUUUGCAAAAGGGCUAAUCACAAUGCAGAAAAAUAUUGGCACAAAGGCAAGCCCCAAUGUAACUUUCGUAAAAUAUUUGGCCACAUUGAGAAUGAUUGUUGGCACAAGCAACAGGACCAAACAAAUUUCUGUGAAGAACAGGAGGAAGAAAUGGAAGAAAAUCUUUUCUUUGCUUCUCAAUGUGAUGUUUCAGCAAAAAGCAAUAAAUGGUAUAUUGAUAGUGGUUGUAGCAAUCACAUGACUGGAGAUGAAAAGGUUUUUCUCUCAAUUAAUAGUAGCAUCACUACUAAAGAGAGAAUGGGGAAUGGAGUCUCAGUUGAUGCAAAAGAUAAAGCUACAAUUUCGAUCAACAUAAAAAGGAGCGAUAAUUAUUGCAAGAUUUAUGAUAAAAUUGAGCCAAAUCAAGUCAUCGUUGAAGUAGAGAUGACAAAAAGAAAAUUUCCUUUACAAAUUCAGUACAAUGCAUUCAAAAUUGAAGUUGUAGAUGAUUCAUAUCUUUGGCACAAAAGUUUUUGUCACUUGAAUUUUCAUGAUUUGAAGCUUCUCAAGCAAAAAGACACGGUGCAAGGCCUUCCUGAGAUACAUACUGAGAUUAAGGUAGAGAAUACUUCUAUCAUAUCUUUAGAUGUGUCAAAUCAAGAAGAGGAUGAGAAAUAG